AUGAGGUUUGAGCAGGAGGACUUCCUAGCACCCUACAUCAUGCUAGACACCAAACUUCGACAACAGUCAAGGAAUAAAUUUGAAAAAAAAUUCUUCAAACUGAUGAACAAUGCAGUUUUUGGCAAGACAAUGGAGAAUGUUCGGAAGCAUAUGAACAUGGAGCUUGUUAACAAUAAGAAAUGUCUAAGGAAACUGAUUGCCCGACCAACCUACAAGGACCACAUUAUCUUUGGCGAGAAGAUUUGUGCCAUGACACUGCAAAAGGAGAGAGUUGAGCUGAACAAACCUCUCUACAUUGGUUUGUCAGUGUUGGACAUUAGCAAGACCCUUAUGUAUCAAUUUCACUACAAUGUGAUUAAACUGACAUACAAAGAGAACCUGCAACUGCUCUACCAGGAUACAGACAGCCUAUUCUACAUUGUGAGAACUGAGAACCUCUACAAUGAUAUCAUCAACAACCAGCAACUGAAAGACACCUUUGAUACAUCUGAGUAUCUGACCGACCACCCAUGCUAUUCAGACACAAACAAGAUGGUACUUGGAAAAUGCUUCACCAAAGAUCCAAGUCAAUUGAAGAGUGGUUUGAUAAAGAAAGCUAAAGGAGUGAGGAGACCAAUACUUGGACAAGAACUGUUGAAAUCCCACCCAUAUGCUGAACGAAACAUCACCUUUCAGGACUACCUUGACUGUCUCUAUGAGAACAAAGACAUCUCUAGGAAGCAGGUGAUGUCCAGGAAGCAUCAAAUCAUGACACUAGUUCAGAAGAAAAAAGCACUAAGCAAUACUGAUGAAAAAAGACAUAUAUUGGAUGAUGGAGUUUAUACUUUGGCAUUUGGACAACAUUCUAUUUCUUGUAAAUGGAGCAAUGAUGAUGAUGAUGAUGAUGAAGAAGUUGAUGAACCAAAAAGGCUAUGCCAGAGUGAUAAUGAGUAA